UUUAAUAAUUAGUUCAGUCGGUACCGACGAACCGUUUCGCGAUGUCGUUAUUACGAAAAACCCGCGGCUCUUUUUGAAAACGUUUACAAUAUAAAUCUUCGUGAUUGGUUUACGUACUCUACUGAAAAAAACAGUUGUUGGAUUGUAGAUUGUUAUAUCUGGCAGUGGUAUAUUUUUAGGAACGAUGGCGCCUCCAAACCUAGACUCCGUGGCCACCCCAGAUAAACCUUACACUCUUUUACCAACCACUGAAGAAAAGGAAAAUGAAGAUACAGACAAAGAGUCCAGUCUACCAGAGGAAAGAGAUUCAAACGAAAACGACACUCUGGUAGAUAAAUCAAAUGACAAAAGCUUAGAUGAUGACGUUUGCUCGGACGAUAUAGAAGUAGUAGUACCACCAGAUGGUGGUUGGGGCUGGGUGAUCGUAUUUGCUUCUUUUAUGUGCAACCUCAUUGUCGAUGGAAUCAUAUUUUCCUUUGCCACAUUCUUAAGGGGAAUAGCUGACGAGUUUGGAGUAACAAAGCCGGAAGUUUCCAUAGUCGGAUCGCUGAUGUCUGGGUUUUAUCUUAUGGUGGGACCGUUUGCAAGCGCUAUUGCAAACAAAUUCGGAUUCAGGCUGGUUGCUAUUAUUGGAACUUUCUUGGCAGCUACUGCGUUUGCGCUCUCAUAUUUUGCUACUAGUGUGGAGUACCUGUGUAUUUCUUAUGGAUUACUCGGAGGUAUCGGAUUUGGGUUCAUUUACGUGCCAGCAGUAAUAACAGUAGGUUUCUACUUCGAAAGAUGGAGGGCAUUGGCAACUGGCAUUGGCGUAUGUGGAUCUGGAAUAGGAACAUUCUUAUUUGCACCAUUAUGCGAAAUCUUAAUCAGAAAGCUCGGAUGGAGAAGUGCUUUGUUGGUGCAAGGAGGCAUUGUAUUUAGCUGUGUUAUAUUUGGCAGCUUAUUUAGGCCACUGAAACCAACCAAAGUCAAAGACCUCGACGAAUCCGCCGACGAUAAAAACCCCGAGGAAAACCUCUCUACCAAACUCCCUAGCAAAACCAAACUAAAACUUGAAGAAGCCUUAAAAAACAUGGAAAAGGCAGACCACCAGCACUCGCUAACCAGAAUUUUUGGCGCCAAUAACAACUCUGAAUAUCCACGCAUUUCCGAUGUGUACCACACCAUUCACGUGCCAUCCAGAACGCAUUCCAGCCACGUGCCCUUAAAAUCGCAUUUCCGCGAAAAGAGGUUGAGUGCCCCAUACAUUUUUGCUAAUGAAAAACCAAAGCAACCUCUUGGAGCCACUCUGAGCAAACCUACUAUUGUUCCUAAAAGCCCAGAGCGUACUAAAAGCCAUACCGAAGACAUGGUCAGACCGUUGUACAGAGAUGACAUCUUUUUCCAGUCAAGUCUUUUAAGGCUACCGCAGUACACCUCCCAAAGUUCAGUAGCAUAUAAUUUAGCUGUAACCAGAAUGCCCACGAAACAAGAUAUCCUGGAAGAAAAAAGACAUGCUUGCAAAUUGUGCCCUGAAGCAGUUAAAAGAGCUUUGGCCACCAUGCUGGACUUCACCUUGCUCAAGAGCCCCUCCUUUAUCAUAUUAGCCAUAGGAGGUUUCUUUACCAUGAUGGGCUUCUAUGUCCCUUUUAUGUUUUUAAAAGAUAGAGCUGAGGAGGCUGGUAUGGGGAACUCCACUGCGGUAUUCUUGAUUUCAUCUAUUGGUAUAGCCAAUACCUUGGGCAGGGUAUUCUGUGGAAUUCUCAGUUCCUUCCCAUCGAUUAAUGCGUUGUUUGUCACCAAUGUUGCUUUGACUAUUGGCGGGAUUGCUACGAUUCUUAGUGGUCUAUCUGCUACAGCUGCUUAUCAGUUCUUCUACACUGCUGUAUUUGGUUUAGCCAUUUCUACAUUCGCUUCACUCAGGUCAAUCAUCGUAGUAGAUCUGCUUGGCUUGGAACGAUUGACUAAUGCUUUUGGCCUACUUCUACUUUUCCAGGGGGUGGCAGCCAUGAUUGGGGCUCCAUUGGCUGGUGCCUUUAAAAACGCCACCGGGGGAUACGAUGCCUCAUUCUACUUAUCUGGAAGUAUGCUACUGAUUUCUGCCAUUAUGUGUUACCCGUUAAACUGGAUUAAUCGCUGGGAAAUUAGAAGGAAUCAAGAAAGAGCUAAAAUGGAAGCAGUAUAAAGAGAUACUUGGCGGUUUUGUCGAGGAUGAACUAAGAAAAGGCUCACAGAUAGACGAUGUUGGUAGGGGUAUAUAUUUAAAAUAAAUAGAGAGAUUAUUGGCAAUAAUGUUGAUGGUAAAGGGUUUUUUUUAUAAUUUAUAAAGAAUUUUCUUAAUGAAUCUCACGUGUAACAUUAUCAGUUUGGUAAUAAAACCAGGUACUACGCAAUUACGAGUGCUGCCAAAGAGUAUUGUGUAGUUGAUUCUGCGCAUCAAGCAAGCUUCCUUUCUUGAUAGCCUUAAGUGUGAAAAUGAUAGCUUGAUGUGCAGUAUGGUACUAUGCUGUAAAUUAGCCUUUCGUUGUUGUACUAUGUAGUUUUCUUAGCUUACUUUAUGAAAAUGAGUCCUAUCAUUUUCCUUUUGGACAUUUUAUGGUUUUUGUAUUUAAAUUUAUUUUUCACGGGGAUAAUCCGUAUACGUUUUUAUACCUAUUUUAGGCUUAGUUACCUAAGACUGACCCUGUAGUAUAAGAGCUAUUAUGUAAAUAUUUGAAUGAAAGAGUGUUUUAAAUAGGGUGUCCCAAAUAAGUUGCCUACUAAAGAAUAUUGUAGUAUUUGGUUUGGGUCACUCUUUAUAGUAAAGUGAUUUUAAAUAAGAUUAGCGACUAAUUAAAAUUACAUUUAAGUUCUAAGUUAAUGGAUGCAUUCCAUUGAAAUUCGAAUUUUUGUUUAUAGGUACUUAAAGGCCAAGUCCGCAUUUUAAUUACUCUUUUGUACAUAAACUCACUCGAAUAUUUUAUGAAAGUUAUGACAAAAAGCGAAUAAAAACUGAAAAAAUAUAUAUACUUGGAAUAAGUAAACAACAUUUUUUUGGAAAAUCGACCAAUGAUUAAGUUUUUACGACCUAAAAAGUGUUUUUGUCCUAUUAGAUAUUUUAAGUUUUUUUUAGAGAUAUUUCCAUAGUUUUAAGAAUCCUAUGCAUGUUCCUUGAGAUUUGGUUCUUUUAUGGUUUUGUUGGUGACUUAAACCGAAUUUUAUUGAAUUUAGUUUGCUUUUUCUGCAAUUUAAUGGUAAUAAAGUUGUUUUUUAAAGUG